AUGGUGUACCAUUCGUUGACUCAGGCUCCCCAAAACCUCAAGGAGGCCAUAGAUUGGUUAAUGGCCCUGAAGGGACCUUAUUCCAAAUUAACCAUUCAGGCCAUGGGCGCUGCUAUUUACGACUUCCUUUCAGACAAACCUGUUGGCAAGAUGGAGGUGCCAGCUCUCGAGGAAGUCAAACUUAUUUCCAGGAGCUUCCUGAGGAAAUCGCAGCUUCAGAACCACUGGUCUGUAGAAAGGCUGGUGGGGAGAUUUAGUGUACGUAUGAGUAAAUCCGAUGGCGGAUUAGCAUGUAAUGGCCAUAAAGAUUAUCUCGAAAGCGAUCAUGUGAACGUCGUAAGGGCCAGGCGUGCCACUCCGAGGACCAUUGCGAAGAAUAUUGGUGAAGUGGUGCAUGCUACUGGGAAGUUUUUGGAUGAGAUCAAAAACCCUGCUGAAUAUAAGUCGGCUUACGGCCCAGAAGUGAACUGGAUUCAAUCAUGCGUGAAUGACCCAGAAGCUUGCGCGGUGGUCUUCGUGGGUAUUGCGCCUAUGUUAUACACCGGCUUAAGUUCCUUGAGGGUUGCGUGCAAUGAAGAAGCCUUGACAUAUGCGCGGCUUACUAAUAAGAGUAGUAGUUUGGGAGAGGUAUUAGAAGCCGUGGGUUGCAAAGAGCCGGAGUGCCGCGCUGACAUGAGUACAUCAGGUGUCACCUGGGCUUUGAGAGGUGUGAAUAGAGAAAUAUUGAACAUAAUCUACGACCUCGCUGGAUUCUGGGCUUUCUAUGGAAAGAAUAAAUCGGGAGCUGUAAAAGCUGUAAAACCAACUAAGGAGGAACAAUCCGUAAAACCUGUGGAACCCGUGGAGCACCCCGCAGAACCUGUGGAAGCGGAACAACCUGCAGAAGCUAUAGAACCCGUGGAACCUGUUCAAGAGGGACAAUCUGCAGUAGUUGAAGAACAUGUGAAAGCUGAAGCACCUGUAAAAGUGGUCAAAGCUGCGAAGUCUGUAAAGGCUGCUAAAAGGCUGCGAAAAAGUUGCAAAAAAAGCCCGACAAAGAAGAAUAGGACCCAGAGUCCCCAGUGA